ACCUUCGGCCUUUCCAGGGUUUCCUGAGGGGAAGGUCGACUCACAGUUGCUGCUCUUGUGAGCGAGGCGAAGGGACUUAUUAAUGCUCGAGCCUGUCGGAGCAAUCAUCUUUAGCUCCCUCCUGGCUUGCCGAACGACCUCUGGACGCUGUGCUUCUUCAACAUCCUCAGUGAAGGUUAUUGUCAGAUCCAUGGGCACUGCUGUCACUCCCGAGGUAUGCAGCUCUCUUUCGCGACGAGCUAAGGGAAAGGAGCGGGCAGACGUUCCUCCGGAUGAUGUCAGGAGCUGUAAACGGGAUCCUUUGUAUGGGCAGGCCGGGCGAAGCACUAGCGACGAGACACGAUGGGCUGCCGACAAGAAAUGUCUUUUCGUCUCUGCUGAGUCCAUCCCCUGCCGGAGUCAGUCGUACAACUCCUGUAGUCGGCCUCCUAAAAGAUCUCUGAUGCGGCUUAGGCAGCCCUUCAUCGUGGCGACCCAUCCAACCUUGCAGAGACGAACUGCGGCUGGUCUGUCUACAUCACAAGUGGCAUCGUCUUCCUCUAGUCCUAGGAGGUCUGAUUUGCGGCAGCAGUUUCUGGAGCUCUGUCGCAUGCCUCAGGGCAAAUUCAACCCCACCAGGGCCUGGUCGGUAUACUCUGAAGCCCUCACGGCAGGAGCUCUGGAUCAGAUAGAAGACUCCAUUCUCCUUAAAUUCGCCACUCGCCUCGUGGAACGGGCGGAGUCUUUGUAUUCCAGUUCGGUCAGCCUGGAGGAAUUGCGUUCAUGGGGUACCCGUAUACACGCCAUUCUGGGCGAGCUUCAUCGUGAAGACUUGAAUGAAGAUCAGGCAUUUGCUCACAAGUGUAUAAUGUCACGGGCGUCCGCGCUGAUGGACAGCCUGGAGGAACCUAUGGCUCUUAUUGAUGAAACGAAGGAUGGCUAUCUGGAAGAUCGCCACCGUGCGCUCAUGAUUCCCGUCUAUGAAGCCGUCUUCCUAUCGCUUGUUCACCAUCGCAGUCCUUAUGGUGGUCUGGUAUUCCUGCUGAAUGAGUGGAAGACUAUAUCCUCCUACACAGUAAGCAGAAAGCGGAUGACUCUCCCCGGUGUACUCGUUGCGCCAGCAGGUUCGUUACGCAAGACAGUGCACAAAGUCCUUCGGGACAUAGAAAUGCCUGCCCUUGUUCUAGCCGAUCACCGACGUGUGUGGGACAAGGAGCAGAAAAUGAGGGCCGGAGAACUCCUCAUCCAAGUGUUAUCCGAGGCUGAUCUGCCGGAAGAUGCUCUCGACGUGUUAGAGGAAAUGCAAGCCCAGUCAUUGACCCCAUCGCUUAUGAUCCGGCUGACUCUAGUGCGAGCCUUGGUUCGCGCCGAUUCGUUCGAACUCGCCAAUUCGAUCUUUUGGCGUGUUACAGAGUCGUUACCUGCGGGUCCGACCUUCAAGUACCAUCUAUCCACGGGGCUCUAUUUAUUUGCUCAUCAAGGGGACACCGGGCGCGCGGAAGAGUUCUAUGAGCUCUUGCAAAAGCAAGGUUGGGUUAGCCCUCCGGACGUCGCUACACUCAUGCACGCGAGCGCAGCAAUCGGGGACACCAAGGGAGUGAUUGCAUUAUUUCACAAGUUCUUUCCCGAGGACGGAGAGGGCGACAGCAGAGCAGGCGCUGUGUCGAUUCUUCAUUACACCAGCGUCAUCUACGCCCACGCCCAACAGUCGGACUUCGACGGUAUGAACCACUGGUUGGAGAAGAUGGCCAAGGCUGGCAUCAUGCCUGACGCGUAUGUAUAUGGUAUAGUUCUUCAGAGCUUUGCUCGGCGGCACGACGUCGAAUCUAUGGCAGCUGUGAUGGAUCAGAUGCGUUCUACGGGCAUACGCCCUAAUUACGUUGCAUACACGACGGUCCUCAGUGUCUUAGCUCGUCGCAGGGACCCAGUCGCUGCCGAGGCGAUGUACAAACAGGCCUUGCAAGACGGUAUCGUCCCAGACCGCAAGAUGCUACUGACCCUGAUGAACGCUCAUGUGGAAGCCGGGUCCUGGCGGGGAGUCAUUCGAGUAUUCGAUUACAUGAAAGCGUCGCGCCUCCGGCACCUUCGCCUCACACCGGCCGUCUACAACACUCUCCUCAAGGCUUAUGUCUUAAUCGGUGCUCCUUUCCGGGUUGUCUCGGAGCUUUUUGACAAAUUACGCGACGUGAAGAUUCGGCCGGACGCAUACACCUUCGCUCUGUUGAUGCAAUCUGCUUGCGACGCGGGAGAGAUGGACGUAGCCGCUGACAUCUUUCAGCAGAUGGAGACCCUCUCGGAACACUGGCAGUCCAGUCUCCACAUCAAUGCCUAUGUUAUGACUAUCCUAAUGGCUGGUUAUCUUCGUGCUGGCGACAGACAGCGAGCUAAGGCGGUCUACGAUGGCAUGCGUGAGCGCGGAAUACAACCGACGUCCGUCACCUUCGCUUCCAUAAUCAAGGCCUAUGGUAACGAGAAGACGGAAGAGAGCCUGCAAAUGGCCGAGGACUUCCUGGCGUCUCUUGUGGACUCUGAUCCUAGCGACCGCGUUUGGGAAAGGACUGCCGGUAGUCGAGCAGCUGCGUUGGACAAUAUAUACGCUCCUCUUAUGACCGUCUAUGCCCGGGACGCUGAUCCUGAGAACGUCGAGCGCCUCUACCAAGGGAUGUUAGAUGCCGGUGGCGAGCCCACCAUUGGUCUUCUGACGAUGCUCCUAGAUGCAUAUAGGCGGAAAGGAGAUGUCCAGGCGGCACUGAAAAUCUGGCCGCAGAUCUUUCAGAUCGGCUUGGACAUGUCGCAGGUUGGUCCUUUAUUUCAAGGUCAAGAGCUCUCCCAAGAGCACACUGAGCGUCGCAACUCUACCCUGUUGUGCAUACCUCUGUCCAUCUACAUCGACGCCCUAUCAGCCGCUGGCCUGCACAUAGAAAUUGCACUCACCUGGAAAAAGCUGCAAAUGCUCGGGUUCUCCUUCGACUCACAUAACUGGAAUCACCUAGCUGUUGCCCUAGUGCGCGCCGGAGAGCUAGAACGGGCUUUUGAGAUACUCGAGAGGGUGAUCUUGCCGUACCAGAUGCAGAGCGAGCGGAUACUACGGACCCGUGAACGGGACCCUGACUCGCCAUUCCUCUUCGACCAACCACCUCCAGAAGAUAACUUGCCCGAGACAGCCGCUGCCCCGGCCAACCGCAGAGCAGCCAGAAGGGCAGAAGCUAUCGAGACAGCUAGCAGCUGGAUGGGCAGCCUAGCUGAGGUUGAUGAAGGCCGCGACGACGACUUCGCGCAUCAGUUGCAUGUUCUUCAUCAAAUCUCCCCCUCAUGGAACCAAUGGCGACCUCACGCUGUUACAUUGGACGUGCUGGCGUGGACACUAGAGAAGCUCGAGAGAGGGCAGGUCAUUGAACCUAUACGGCCUGAUCAAGACUCAUCUGACCAUCCCGAGCAAGAUGAAGACGAGGAUGCAAGAUUGGCGCGUGUUCGUCUUUGCGGCGAAAUUUACGACGGCAUACUCAGUAAUUAUCCUCAAGCUGUGCUCGCCGUUCAGGAACAUAAGCGUCGGCGUGGAUUAGAAGAAUUGCGGAGUACGCGAACUAUGCGAUAUACAAGCGUAGGAUAAUCUGGUCUCAACGGGACGGAAUUCCGGAAAUAGAACGGCAGCUUCGGGAAUAGCACCAUGAAUAGGAAUGGGUGAUUUGCGCAACAGUCCUCACAAAGGCUGUCCAGGCUUGGUUAAAGCCAGUUCCUCAACCGUCGGAGUCGUCGUCCGAGCCUUCUGACUCCCCUCCGCGUCGCCGCUUCCGACCGCCCUUGCUAGGGCCGUGGCGGUUACGCUGGAUGACAGGCCGUAGGUCAGUCCCGGAUUGCGGCACGACCGGGAACACCCCGUGAACCACUCACCAGAGGCAGUUUCUGGCCUUGGUUUCCAAAAGCGAUGGAGAGAGGUGUGGUAUCUGAU